AUGGAGGCGAACGACGCCCAAGCUACAAGGAGGCCGAUGGAGAAAAAUGAGUCCGCGGAUAUCGCGACAGAGAUCCAGCACGAGACCAAUGACGUGCGCAUAUCUGAAAGGCGCAUCCUCUUAAAGUGCGACCUCAACUUGUUGCCUAUGCUAUGUCUGCUGUUCAUGUGUACGAUUCUUGACAGAGUAAAUAUCGCAAAUGCCCGGAUACAAGGUCUGGAGAAGGAUCUCCAUAUGCAUGGCCAGGACUUCAGUGUCGUCCUGUUCGUCUUCUUCAUCUUGUACAUCUUGCUGGAAGUUCCCGCGAAUAUCCUGAUCAAGCAUGUUCGGCCGUCGCUCUUUCUAAGCCUGUCGGCCUUCUGCUUUGGCAUCGUGACCAUGUGCCAGGGCUUGACAAGAUCGUAUGCUGGCCUCGUUGUCUGCCGGGUACUCCUGGGUGGUCUCGAAGCGGGCGUCUACCCGGGGUCGAUCUAUUUGAUGACAAUGUUUUACAAGAGGCAUGAGUUUCAGUGGAGGUUGAACAUCUUCUACGGCGCUUCCCUCGUUACGGGAGCUUUCAGUGGCCUCCUGGCCUACGCCAUCGCUAAAAUGAACGGGAUAUCUGGAUACAGUGGCUGGAGAUGGAUCUUGAUCUUAGAAGGAUUAAUCACCAUUGCGGUGUCGAUCCCGGCGUACUGGGUCCUCCCCGACUGGCCAGAGACGGCAAAAUUCCUCACCGAAAGUGAACGACAGUUCUGGGCACAGAGACUGGCGUCGGACACCAAACGCAUCGAGAUGAACGUUCUGAAUAAGCAGGCGCUAUGGCUUUGCAUCCGCGACGUCAAGAUCUGGAUUGGAAGUUUCGCGUACCUCUGCAUACUGACGACCUCUUAUGGGUUUGCUUACUUUCUGCCCACGAUACUCUUGGAGCUGGGCUGGACCUCCACCAAAGCCCAGGUUAUGACGAUCCCCCUCUAUGUUUUCGGGACAGUGGUAUGUUUGACUUGCGCUUUUCUCUCCGAUUACUUCAAACACCGAUUUUCGUUCAUCUUCGGCGGAUGCAUCCUCGCCAUCAUCGCAUAUGCCAUCUUGUUGUCAUACUUUUCGGUUUCAGUUGGAGUGCGAUAUUUUGCCCUCUACCUCCUCCAAGCCGGCGUUGUCGUGGCACAGCCGGGGAUUGUAGGAUGGUUGAGCAACAAUCUCGGCGGCCAUUACAAGCGUGGGGUGGGAAUCGCGAUGCAGCUAGCCGUUGGAAAUAUUGGUGGCAUCGUGGGGAGCAACAUAUAUCUCAUGUCGGAAGCUCCGACAUAUCCAACUGGGUUCGGAACUGGCGUGGGGCUUCUUGCCGCUGGAGCACUAGCAUCGUGCGUUCUCUUAUGGUACCUCAUGAGGGAGAACAGGCUGCGGGAGAAGGGCGCAAGGGAUCAUCGGUAUAACUUGCCAGAGGCCGAGCUCAAUAAUCUGGGUGACGAUCACCCUGCCUUUAGGUUCUCUUAUUGA